GAAAUGCCACUUCCCUCACGACGGUCCCCGGAAGUCGUGUCCGCGGGGAGUGCUGCAUGUUUGGUCAGCGCCGCUUGGCUUUGCCGCGAAUUCGGCUGCGCUUUCUCGGUGGCAUUUUAUUCCUGCCGGGGUCGUUGCCCGCCUUUGGCUUUGUGGUCUCUGCGCCCGGGGUCCGGAAACUGCUGGAAGGAGCCCGACUUCACCUUUGCCUGGACAGGCGAGAGGCGCGACGCCGAGUGGACGCAGAACGGUCAGAGAUCUGAAGAGAUUUCCUGGACCUGUACUCUUUCAAAACCACCUUUGCAUUGUGCUGCGUUUGUUGAAACAAUGUUUGGAAGAUUGACUCUUCCACAAUGGCUUUUUGCCAGCAUCCUUGGAAUUGCUGGAGGAGUGUAUAUUUAUCAACCAAUAUUUGAACAGUAUUCCAGAGAUCAGCAGGCAUUAAAAGAAGAGUUGAAAGUGGCACAAGAAUCAGAAGAGAAGAAAAAUUAAUACCACAUGGAGUUGAAUUGUAAUAAUUGUUUAGAGUUCCACUGAAAGUGUACAUUGACUUAAUAAUCUGGUAAAACCUUCUCAAAUACAUUUUAAACAUUAAAAA